AUGGAAAAAGGCAACAAGGCCCCCUUCGGGGACACCCGACAAGACUACAAGUUAGUCAGGUUCGAAGAAGGCGACCCUGGUAAUCCUCAAAACUGGUCCAAGGCCCGCAAAUGGUACUGCACCAUGAUUGUCGCCAUCACAUGUUUCGUUGUCGCCUUCUGCUCCAGUGUUAUCACCUCCGAUGUGGACGGCGUUGCCAAGGAAUUCAAUGUCAGUCACGAAGCGGCUCUUCUCCCAAUUACUGUUUUCGUCGUGGGUUUUGGUGUCGGCCCCAUGAUCUUCGCCCCCUUAUCUGAGGUGUACGGAAGACAGAUCAUCUAUACCUCGACUUUGCUGGUCGCCGUAGUUUUCAUCAUUCCCUGUGCCGUUUCCAAGAACAUUGGCACUCUCAUUGUGUGCAGAGUCAUUGAUGGCAUUGCGUUCUCUGCUCCCAUGACCCUGGUUGGCGGUACUCUUGCCGAUUUGUGGCGUAACGAAGAACGUGGUGUCCCAAUGGCUGCUUUCUCUGCUGCUCCCUUCAUCGGUCCUGCCAUCGGUCCAUUAAUCGGUGGUUUCUUGUCCGAUGGCGCUGGCUGGCGGUGGCUUUACUGGAUCCAGCUGAUAUUUGCCUUCGUCGUUUGGGUUCUCAUCUCCUUCACCGUGCCUGAGACUUACGCGCCUACCAUUCUGGCACGUCGUGCGGCCAAGCUGCGGAAGCAGACCGGUGACAACAGCUACAUCACUGAGGAAGAUCUCGACCCCACUCCCUUCGGUCAGAAGAUCGCCAUCUUCUUGAUUCGCCCCUUCCAGCUGCUCUUCCGCGAGCUCAUCGUCUUCCUUAUCAGCCUAUACAUGUCUGUCCUCUACGGCCUGCUCUACAUGUUCUUCGUUGCCUAUCCAAUCAUCUUCGAAGUUCGCAAGGGCUACUCUUCCGGCAUCACGGGUCUGAUGUUCAUUCCCGUCGCCGUCGGUGUCAUUCUUUCCGCCCUGUGCUCGCCCUUUGUCAACAAUCACUACAUAAAGAUGGUCAAGAAGUACAACGGCAAGCCGCCGGCUGAGAUUCGCCUCAUUCCCAUGAUGCUCAGCUGCUGGUUCAUUCCAAUCGGUUUGUUCAUAUUCGCCUGGACUUCAUAUCCCCGUCUUAUCUGGGUCGGCCCUUGCUUGGCGGGUCUUCCCAUCGGCUUCGGCUUCAUCUUCCUGUACAACGCGGCCAAUAACUACCUCGUCGACUCGUACGUGCACCAGGCUGCGUCGGCACUUGCCGCCAAAACCUUCAUCCGUUCCUUCUGGGGCGCCGGUGUUGUGCUCUUCACGGAGCAGAUGUACGACCGCAUGGGCGACCAGUGGGCCUCCACUUUCCUCGCCUUCUUGGGUCUGGCUUGCUGCGGCAUUCCGUUCCUCUUCUGGAAGUAUGGCGCAGCCAUUCGCAAGCACAGCAAGUACGCCUACCAUAGCGACGACGAGACCUCCGACUCGGAUCUGGACAACAAGAACAUUGACCCCAAUGCGCCGCUGCACCAUGAUCUUGAGGAUCUGCGUCGUGCCCGCAGUUACGUCAGCAACCCUUGA